UGGACAACCAUAUAUGAAGAAGCAUUCCAAAUCCUCAAAAAGACAUUCAUAGAAUCUCUAGUAUUUGUCAUGCUGGACACCAAAGAACCCUUCCAUAUUGAAUACAAUGCCUCUGAUUCCACUACUGGAGCAGUAUUAUCACAAGUCACCUCUAACAGAAGAUGGCACCCUUGUACCUAUAUUUCCAAAUCACUCUCUAUAAUAGAAUGCAACUAUUCUAUCUAUAACAAAGAGUUGCUAGCAGUUAUUUAA